UGUCAGAGCAACACUACCGCCCCUGUUGAGUUACAUUGUAGCAAGCAUAGCCAUCUAUGUCAAUACAAUGAUGUAUCAGAGGGCUGUAAUUACUGUUUGUUGUUUUUGAAAGGUCUUCAUGUGACGAGUUAUAACAUGAUAACUUGCAGCAGUCGUUUCACAGCAUACUACGACGAGUUUGAGGAACUCAUGUAUGAGCAUCGAAUCGAAUGCUGAGAAUUCAUUGCGCAAGACAUCUUUCAAUAACUCGAAAUCAUUUUUCUAAACGAACGAGCCUUGUUGCCUUUUGGAUGCCUGUAGCGACAGACUCCAAACAGACCUAAUCAGAAGCCCACAUUCCAUGCCUGGGGUUCCGUUUUAAGCUCUAAGCCAGUCAAUGAUGCUAACCCCCACCACCCCUGAAGCAGAGGACAAGGCAUAUUGCUGCGACUCCCCACAGAAGCUUGUGGCUCAAUUCUCCCACUCAUGCCUGUGAUCCCCAUCCCUCGUCGUGUGCGUAGCUUCCAUGGUCCCCACACCACCUGCAUGCACUCGGCCUGUGGGUCUGCACACACCACCCAGCUUGUGCGCACCAAGUACAACAACUUUGACCUUUACCUGCGCUCACGCUGCAUGUACGGCUUCCUGCGCUUCCUGCUCUACUUCGGCUGCAGCCUUCUGACCUCCCUCCUCUGGGUGGCGCUGUCGGCUCUAUUCUGCCUGCAGUACAUGAGCGCCCGUGUCUUCCUGCGGCUGCAGUACAAGCUGUCCGUCAUCCUACUGUUGCUAGGACACCGGCGCCUUGACUUUGGGGUGCUCAACAACCUGUUUAUCUACAGUAUGCAGGUCACAAUGUUCCUGGUGGGAGGCCUGGGCUGGUGCUUCAUGGUGUUUGUGGACAUGUAGCUUCUGGUGACAACAGUGACCAUGGUUUUUUUAUUGUUUAAAAAAAAUGUAACCUUUAUUUAACCAGGUAGGCCAGUUGAGACCUGGCCAAGAUAAAGGAAAGCAGUGCGGCACAAACGACAACACAGAUUUACACAUGGAAUAAACCAACGUACAGUCAAUAACACAGUAGGGGGGAAAAGUCUAUAUACAGUGUGUGCACUGUUAUAUACCAAUGUCAGACCUCUACCCACUGCACAGCAGCCAUUUUGUACCAAAACAUUACCACACAGCAGCAGUUGCGAUGAAGGCGUAAGGAUGACCAGGAAUAGAAGGUGGACAGAAUAUAUGGUUACACUCUGGUGCUAUUUGCCUGAAAAAAGCUGAUGCAUACUUACUCUAAGACUUCUGUAAUAACAAGCCUUACUUUAGUUUGGACCAUGAGGGGUGGGAUGCCUCUCAAGACCCUAGAAAGGAAAACAUGCUGUCUUCUGUUUGACUGGA